ACAUCCAUCAGACUCCGUUUCUUCCAGUUCCCCAGCAUGGAAGGGAAAGCGGUCCAUGUGGCACUCCUGAUCUUCUUCUUGCUCUUCGUGGCUAUGACCGGCUGUUUCCUCUGGCAAUACAGCCUACCCAAAGUGAAGUCUGGUGAGUAUGAAGCCCAACAAAGCUCGGGGUUUUGUGGGAUAGUUUCAGAGGUGGACACGCUCCUCCGGCAUAAGAUCCACAACCCGGGCCUUCCAGCGUUGUCGGCCAUUGUCAUCUACAACGACACCGUCUUGUGGACCGGGAACUUCGGGAAACGCAACGGCUCCAGCGAGUUCUCGGGUCCGCCCAACGAAUAUUCCAUUUACAGGUGCCAUUAUAGCAACCUGGCCUUCUCCCUAUUGGCUUACGUCUUAGCUGAGCAGGUGGCCAAGAGCGAGUACCAGAACUGGGUCUCGGAGAACAUCCUUGACCGCCUGGGGAUGGAGGACACGGGUUUUGAUAUCACGCCCAACGUCCGUUCCAGAAUGACCGUCGGCGUCUACGGCAGUGGAGAAGUGGCUCCUCUCUACGAUCUGGGCUGGUAUAGGCCUUCUGGCCAGAUGUUCUCCACGGCCGCCGACCUGGCCAAGUUAGCCAUGGUCUUCUUGGGCACCUACCACCGGCGUCUCCUGGAGCCCGAGACCCUGAAGGUCAUGUUGACCCCGCUCUUGAAGUGUUCCAGGGACUACUUCGCCAACAAGACGGGCACCCCCUGGGAGAUUAACGAGCAGAUGGGUUACGACGUCCUCCGGAAGGACGGAGACAUCGAUGGCUUUUCGGCCACCUUCUCCCUGGUCCCCAAACUCCGCCUGAGCUUCAUCGUCUUGAUGACCGGUCCUCGCCCCCAAGGAAGGGACAUCGUAACCCAGAUCUACGAGUACCUGAUACCCUCCCUGGAGUCCGCUUUUCGGGAAGUGGAGAAGAGGCUCCAGUCUCCACCAAGCGCUGCUCCCUACGUGGGCUACUACACCUUCUCCAACCUGACCUUCUACGAGAUCAAGGUGGGGCCCGGAGGAGAGCUGUUGAUGCAGCAGUUCGGGCCUCACAUCGAGAAGAUCAUCCCUGAAAGUUACCGCACCAUUAAGCUCCAUCACCUCGAAGAUCGGACCUUCCAGGCGGUCUUUGAGAAGGAAUUCCCGUGUAUCCUGAAGAUCGGACCUGCCUCGAUUUCUCUCGAGGCUCAGGACGGGCAGCUGUUCAACUUCUACCCGUUUAACCCCAAGGGCCUCUCUCCUGGUUUUGAUGUCCCAGGGUUGAACACCUACAACAUCCUCCGUCUUCACAGGAGACCUGUCUUCUCUUAA